GUCAAGCUGGCAGUGUGUCAUUUACUUUCCUGCAUCUUCUUGUGUCAAUGUCAUUUUUUGAAGAAAUGAUAGUUGAAACAUGAAAAACUUGUCGAAAACAACAAAGGAAAAAAGGGAAAAAAUCGAAUGAAUACGUGAAAUUAGAAGACAUGACGUCUCCCGAAGGACACCUGGAUUUAGAAGAUGGGCCUAAAGAGGAAGGAAACAAUGUAUCCAACCACGAAAGUUCUAGAAAUCAGUCACCUUGGUCGGACACAACUACGAGAUCACUUGCCCAAGUGGAAGAAAAAAUGCGUCGUAAACUAAAGUUCUUCUUUAUGAACCCCAUUGAAAAGUGGCGAGCGAAACGUAAGUUUCCUUAUAAAUUUGUCGUUCAGGUGAUUAAAAUAGUGCUGGUGACUCUACAGCUAUGUUUGUUUGCACACAAUAGAUAUAACCAUGUUAACUAUACUUGGGAUAACCGGAUUACUUUCUCACACUUAUUCUUAUUGGGCUGGGAUUCCACUCGGGAAAUUAAUGCCUAUCCACCAGGAGCUGGACCCUUGGCUGUGUACAAAGUUGACGAGUUCUACAAUAGCUUGGAUUAUGCUUAUGCUGGCUAUUCAAACUUGACUAAUGCCAUUGGACCAUAUUCCUACAAUGAUGAAAACAAUAUAAAACCUGAACCAGAGUUCUGUCAAUAUUACUACAAAAAAGGUAUUAUCAAUGGCUUUAAUGAGAGCUACGAGUUUAAUGCUGAAAUUGAGAGUAAAUGUGUUAAUUUUACAAAUGUUGAAGCAAAACUAUUUAAAUCACGACAAUAUUUACAGGAUGCCGGACUAAAAGUUGAUUUUGCUGCUCUGGUAAGAGCAGAGUUACAGUUUUCCCUAAAAACUAUAAAUUUUAGAGCAGCUGGACCUAUAACACCACCUGAUUGCUUUAGAUUUGAAUUACGAAUUGUAUUUGAUAAUGAAGAUCAUGAUGGACAAAUGUCAUUAACUUUAGAGGCUGAACCACACAAGUUAACUUGUAAAGGUGACAAGACUUAUAUCACAGAUAAUAAAAUUGACCAGAUUCUUAGAAGCAUUCUUAAUAUAUUGGUCAUUUCGAUAUGUAGUGCAUCACUGCUGCUAUGCAGUAGGGCUAUUUAUAGAGCGCAGUUGUUAAAAGGGCUCACAUGCUCAUUCUUCAGAAGAGCUUACAAUACUGAGCUUAGUUUAGAUGGUCAGUUGGAAUUUCUAAAUGUUUGGUACAUUAUGAUUAUUGUCAAUGACAUUUUGAUCAUAAUGGGCUCUGCCAUGAAAGAGCAAAUUGAAAGGAACCAGUUUACAUAUGACGAGUGGAAUGUUUGUUCUCUAUUUUUGGGGGUCGGGAACCUCUUAGUCUGGUUUGGUGUUUUGCGUUACCUUGGCUUCUUCAAAACUUACAAUGUUGUUAUAUUGACACUGAAAAAGGCUGCACCAAAAAUAUUUAGGUUCUCUUGCUGUGCUUUAUUACUGUAUGCUGGUUUCACUUUCUGUGGGUGGCUUGUGCUUGGGCCAUACCAUAUGAAGUUUAGAUCUUUAGCAACAACUUCCGAAUGUCUAUUUUCUCUUAUAAACGGUGACGACAUGUUUGCUACCUUUUCCAUUAUGUCCAAGAAAUCACCAAUGCUGUGGUGGUUUAGUAGAGUAUAUCUCUACUCUUUCAUAAGUUUAUAUAUUUACGUAGUUCUAAGUCUUUUCAUCUCAGUUAUUAUGGAUGCUUAUGAUACUAUCAAGCAAUAUUAUAAAGAGGGUUUUCCCAAAAACGAUUUGCAACAAUUCAUUGGAGAAACUAGUAUUGAGGAGGUUUCUUCUGGCUUGUACAGAACACAAAGUUCAUCGUCGCUAAAUAUGAAUUCUCUUUUUUGUUGUAAUUUUUAUAGAAGAGCUUACUCCAAAAUUGGUGGUAGACAGUCAAACGUUAACUUGUAAUAAAAUCUGUUUAGUUCAAUUAAACAAAAAGUAAGCUGUGCCAAAAGCAGCUUUAUUUCAGUGACUAUUAGGUGGAAUAUAUUGUACACCCUUUGUACCCAGCAAGUAAAAUUGAAAAUUUUGUACUACUUGCUUGAAGCUAUUGCAGGCACUAAAAGUAUGUAUUUUAUUUGGUAGCCAAUAAAACCCAUGUAAAUAUAAAUCAUGGUUGUAGCUAAUAGUGGAAGAUUAUAUUUUGUAUUAGAUAAUAGUUGUAAAGGUCGCAAAGCAAUAUUACGUAAUAAUAUUAAGUUUUAAUAAAUUUAAGCACCAAAGAGAAAUCAAAAUGUAGCCAUUCAGCUAGUUUCUGAACCUACUUAUUUGAUAUUUAUGUAAAUUUGGCAUGUGAUAUAUUACAUAUUAUGA